AUGAAGCAACGGAUCACCGCCCUCGACCUCCUGAUCCUCGCCCGCGAGCUCGAGCCCGAGGUGCUCAACUACCGGCUAUCCAACAUCUACAAUGUCGCCGCCAAUCCCAACCGCCAGUUUCUCCUCCGCUUCACCGUCCCCGACCUGAAAAAGGCGAUGAUGCUCGAGUGUGGCCACCGCGUUCACUUGACCCUGUACGAGAUGCCGACGUCCCCGCAGCCGCUGAACUUCAUCACCAAGUUGAGAAAACACUUGCGGACCCGGCGGCUCACAGGGAUCAAGCAGAUCGGCGACGACCGGGUGUUGGUGCUCAGUUUCAGCGACGGGCUUUUCUACCUUGUCCUUGAGUUCUUCAGUGCCGGCAAUAUCCUUUUGCUUGACGAAAACCAGAAGAUUCUCAUGCUCAACCGUGUGGUUCGUGAACACGAGAAUAACGACCGCUACGCCGUGAAUGAACCCUAUACUAUGUUUGACCGUCACCAGCUCUUUGGCGACACUACGCCUAAGCAGGACGACUCUGCCGAUACCGAAACCAGUUCCAAGCCUCAGGCUCAGUUCAAGAGCCACCCAGUGCCGCUGGCAGAACAAAUCCAGCUGUGGAUUGAUGAACACAAGGAAAAAUUGUCUCAGGGGGGACUGAAAAAGCAAAAAGUCUACUCGGUGCACAAGCUUUUGUUUGUUCACAUGGCACACUUACCUGCUGAUUUGAUUCUUCGAGAGUUGGGCGAGAUCGGCAUAGAAAAGUCUACCAGUUGUCUCACUCUUGAUAACCAGCCCCAACAGCUCGAACGGGUUGAAGAAGCAGUCAAGCGGACAAACGACAUAUACACUGAGCUUAUGACUGAACCGAGCGUUACAGGUUACUUGGUGUCAAAGAAGAAUCCGAGCUACAACGCGGAAGACUCGCUUUCAUUAGAGUACAUCUUGGACGAAUUCCAUCCAUUUGCCCCGAGAAAGGAACCCGCAGACUUGUACAAAAUAGAGCCAGUUGAGGGAUAUAACAAUACUGUGGACAAGUUCUUUUCUACGCUUGAGUCGCUGAAAAACCUUGUAAGAAUUGAGCGGCAAAAGCUCUCAGCCGCUAAACGGUUAGAGACGGCCCGCAGCGAGCGUGACCGCCAGAUUCAGCUGUUAUUACAGCAGCAGGAAGCCAACAAGAAGCGUGGUGACACCAUCAUUCUCCACGCUGACUGGGUGAGCCAGUGUAUGGACUUUGUCAGUUCCUUGGUGGCCCAACAAAUGGACUGGACAAACAUUGAGUCCUAUAUUAAGUUGGAGCAAAAAAAGGGUAAUAAGGUGGCACAAGCAAUUAAGUUGCCGUUGAAGCUUGAAGAGAAUAAGAUUCAAUUGGCCUUGGCUGACCAGGAUGCAGAGGUGGAGAAUGACACUAGUUCGGGGGUUGAUGACUCGGAGACUGAGUCUGAGCUGUCUGAGCUGGAGUCGGAGUCUGACCUGCUGGACUCAGAUCUGGACUCGGACUCUGACGAAGAGUUGAGGCUUCGCCGUAAGCGGAAAGCGACGCAAAAGAAGAGUGCUAAACCGCAACAGCCUACCGUCAACGUGUGGGUCGACAUCAACUUGUCUCCUUACGCUAACGCCACUACCUAUUUUGAAACCAAAAAGCUGGCUGAAUCAAAGCAAGUUAAGGUUGAGAAGAAUACUGAGGUUGCGUUGAAGAACGCCGAGAGAAAGAUCAACCAGGACCUUCAGCGACUGUUGAAGGAAGAAGAGGCUCUGGGAGGAAAAUUGCGCCAGAUCAGACCGAAAUACUGGUUUGAGAAGUUCUUCUGGUUUGUGUCUAGCGACGGGUACUUGUGCCUUGCGGGUAAAGACGGCAUGCAGAAUGAUAUGAUCUACUUCCGGCAUAUCAGCGACAACGACUACUUCGUUUCUGCUGACGUUGAAAACUCCCUCAAGGUCUUCAUCAAGAACCCGUUCAAGGGUGAAGACGUGCCGCCCCUGACGUUGAUGCAGGCCGGGAUGUACGCUCUCGCCGCCUCCGAUGCCUGGCAAAACAAGGUUAGCACGCUGGCGUGGGUGAUGCUGGUGGCUGACUUGAGUAAAAAGGAUGUCGACGGUACUCUUUUAUCUCCUGGAAGUUUCAACUACACUGCUAAAAAAGAAUACCUUCCUCCAACUCAAUUGGUAAUGGGGCUUGGGCUCUAUAUGCUUGCCGAUGAAGAGACCAAGAAGAAGCACCACGAUAAGCGGGUGGAAAAGUACACCGAGCACGGGUUGAAGGUGGUUAUGGAUACGAAGAAGCAGGACUUGGAACAAUUGGCCAAGCUCAAAUUCAAGCAUGAAGCCAACGCUGAAACCAAGGCUGAAACCAAGGCUGAAGAAAAAGAGACUAAGCCCGAGGAAUCUGGUGAUGUCGAGACUAGGCCUGAGGAAGUCACUGACACUGCCGAAUCUGUUACUUCUACUGAACUGACGCCGGUUCGCGAAGAUUCUCCGUCGACGAUUGAUAAGAAGGUCAGAGGUAAAAAGGCCAAGCUCAAGAAGAUCCAGUCGAAAUAUGCUGACCAAGAUGAGGAAGAGCGUCGCAUGCGUAUGGAAGUUCUCGGUACGCUCAAGCAGGUGAAGCAACGAGAAGCAGAAAAACAAGCCCAGCAGAAUCAAUCGGACUCGCUGAAACAAAAGCAACAGCAACAACAACAAGCGGCUCAAAGAAAGAUGAAGCAAGACGCCAAAGAAUACCUUAAAUAUAUCAUGGCCGGAGACGAUACUUCGGACGAGCUGAGUGAGACGAAUUAUCUCGAUAUCCUCGACGGGUUCCUUUCCAAACCGCAAAAGGGCGAUAAGUUCAUUGGUUGUGUGCCUGUAUUUGCGCCCUGGAUGUCUUUGGGGAAAUUCAAGUACAAGGUAAAAAUUCAACCCGGUACAGGGAAGAAGGGUAAGUGCAUCACCGAACUGAUCCACUACUGGACCACGCGGAAGAUGGAUAAGGACGAAACAGAUACCGAUUUGGACUGGCCCAGCGAACGCCAUCAUGUCCAAGGAAUUAAGCCUAACGAUGCCAUGGGGGUGAUCACAGUGUCCAAAGUGCGGCUCGUGCUUCCUGGGGGCAGUGCUGGUAGCGAUAGUAAAGCAAAGGGGAACCCGAAAAAGGCCGCUAAGGGAGGCAAACCAGCCAAGAAGAAAAAGUGA